GUUUCCGGGGCUGCCUCUCCCACUACCUGCUGGGCGUCUUGGGGACGGUAUCCCCGCCCAGCCCAGCCUCCCGCCUCUGCCCUCUCCUGCUGCGCAGCUUCGCUGUCGAGGCCAAGAAAACCUACGUGCGGGACAAGCCCCAUGUCAAUGUGGGCACCAUCGGGCACGUGGACCACGGCAAGACCACACUGACGGCUGCCAUCACCAAAGUCCUAGCUGAGGCUGGAGGUGCCAAGUUCAAGAAGUACGAGGAGAUCGACAAUGCACCAGAGGAGAAGGCUCGUGGCAUCACCAUCAACUCCUCCCAUGUGGAGUAUGCCACGGCCAACCGGCACUACGCCCACACCGACUGCCCUGGCCACGCCGACUACAUCAAGAACAUGAUCACUGGCACCUCUCCCCUAGACGGCUGCAUCCUCGUGGUGGCAGCGACAGACGGGCAGAUGCCGCAGACCCGAGAGCACUUGCUGCUAGCCAAACAGAUCGGGGUGCAGCACAUCGUGGUGUACAUCAACAAGGCGGACGCGGUGGAGGACCAGGAGAUGCUGGAGCUGGUGGAGCUGGAGAUCCGGGAGCUGCUCUCCGAGUUUGGCUACGAUGGGGAGAAGACGCCCGUCAUUGUGGGCUCUGCCCUCUGUGCCCUGGAGCACCGCAGCCCCGAGCUGGGACUGAACUCCAUCAUGAAGCUGCUGGACGCGGUCGACACGCACAUCCCACUGCCCAUGCGGGAGCUGGACAAGCCGUUCCUGCUGCCCAUCGAAUCAAUCUACUCCAUUCCAGGGCGUGGGACGGUGGUGACGGGGACGCUGGAGCGUGGCAUCAUCAGGAAGGGGGAUGACUGCGAGUUUGUGGGACGCAACCGGAACAUGCGCUCCGUGGUGACAGGCAUCGAGAUGUUCCACCAGAACCUGGAGCGGGCCGAGGCCGGGGACAACCUUGGCGCACUGGUGCGGGGGCUGAAGCGGGAGGAUGUGCGGCGUGGCAUGGUGAUGUGCAAACCGGGCUCCAUCAAGCCCCAUCAGAAGAUCGAGGCCCAGGUGUACCUCCUCAGCAAGGAGGAGGGCGGGCGGCACAAGCCUUUCGUCUCUAACUACAUGCCUGUCAUGUUCUCCCUGACCUGGGACAUGGCCUGUCGGACCACCCUGCCCCCUGGAAAGGAGAUGGUGAUGCCCGGCGAGGACACAGCCCUGACCCUCACCCUUCGGUACCCCAUGGUGCUGGAGGAAGGUCAGCGCUUCACAUUGCGUGACGGCAACCGCACCAUUGGCACCGGUGUGGUCACCAAGACGCUGGAGAUGGGGCCAGAUGAUGACAAGUGGGGGGCAUAAAGGCUGGGCUGAGCUGGUUCUGCCCCCAGGCCUGUGUCUGCAAACAGUGGGGGAGGGGCUAGUUCUGGCUGGUGUUCCCUAUGAACUGCUGCUGCCCCUGGCAGCAUCAUGGUCACCCAGAGUGGGGUGCAAGCUGCCUGUUGUAUGAACUGCUCUGCCAUGGGGCAACAGAAAUGGAACUGCCCUCCCGUGGUGGCUCUCCUGCCCAGAGCCCCUCCAGUAGGGGGCUAGAAGGGGCUUAUGCAGCUUCCUGCUGUCUGGUUUCUUUUGUUAAUAAAGAUGCAGAAUCAUG